GGGGCUGAGCAGCCAUGAGGCUCCUCCUGGGUGUCCCCGUGUACCCCGGCAGCCUCAGCGCCUCACAGCCCGGGCACGGCCGUUCCCGCCGGGCUCGGGCGGCUGCUGCAGCCCCCUCCCACCCCGAGGGGCCCAGCGUGGUUGGGGUGGAAGUGAGGCGGUAACCUCCAGCCCGGGGCGAUAGCACCCCGGGGCGAGUUCGGAGAUUUAGCUGUACUGGCCUGCUACCACGAUGGACAGCGAGGUGCAAAGGGACGGCAGAAUCCUGGAUCUGAUUGAUGAUGCGUGGAGGGAGGAUAAAUUGCCAUAUGAGGAUGUGGCUAUCCCUCUGAAUGAGCUUCCUGAACCAGAGCAAGACAAUGGUGGCACAACUGAGUCUGUGAAAGAGCAAGAAAUGAAGUGGACAGACCUGGCUCUCCAGUAUCUCCAUGAAAAUGUUCCACCCACAGGAAACUAGGUGAAAUCAGUGAGAUUUCAUGCACAGAUGCAUGAAAAAAUGCAGUAUGAAAAAUAUCUUUCAGCAGAUCAUCUCUGUCAUAAGCUUCUCUAAGGAGGAGACAAUGUUCCUGAAAGACAAUGGUGAAACAAUGGCUCUACUCACAGUGACCAAACAACUUAAAAUGCUUCUGUGAUGAGUGUGAAGUAACAAUGGCUAUCUUGAUACCUUGGAGUUAACAGCAGGAUGCUUCUCUUAUAUAAAAUUGUUUUGUAUCUUCUGUUACAGUGUUCUUAAGAAUGUGCCAAUUCUGAUCUUAAAUGUUUUCUACCCGUGAUAAAAGUAAUUGUUUUAACUGUC